AUGACAGAGACGACACAAUUGACAUCACCUGAAGCUGGUCCUUCCACUUCUUCACCCUCAGAAGGGUCCAAAAAACAACCUGUAGUCAUCAUCUGUAUAGGUAUGGCAGGAUCCGGUAAAACGACAUUUAUGCAAAGAUUAAAUUCGCAUUUACAUUCACGUAAAACUCCACCUUAUAUACUAAAUCUAGAUCCUGCUGUAUCGCAUAUGCCUUAUUCAGCAAAUAUAGAUAUAAGAGAUACGGUAGAUUACAAAGAGGUCAUGAAGCAAUACAACUUAGGUCCAAAUGGUGGUAUCCUCACUGCGCUGAACCUGUUCACAACUAAAUUUGAUCAAGUGUUGGGAUAUGUUGAGAAACGAGCGGAAGAUGUUGACUACAUCUUAGUGGAUACGCCGGGUCAAAUAGAAAUCUUCACUUGGUCGGCUUCAGGAGCUAUUAUAACGGAUGCUAUAGCAUCAUCAUUACCUACAGUAGUAGCGUAUAUCGUCGAUACUCCAAGAACGACUGCUCCUGCUACUUUCAUGAGUAACAUGUUAUAUGCUUGUUCGAUAUUAUACAAAACACGAUUACCAUUUAUAAUAGUGUUCAACAAAACAGAUAUUCAACCUCAUGAUUUCGCUAUUGACUGGAUGAAAGACUUUGAAGCUUAUCAAGCCGCCUUGAAUGACAGUUCAAGGAAUGAACAUGGUGAAAGUAGUUAUAUGAACAGCUUGAUGAGCAGUAUGUGUUUAGUCUUGGAAGAGUUUUAUAACAAUUUGAGGGCUGUAGGAGUUAGUGCAAUGACGGGAGAAGGGAUGAGAUCGUUUUUCGAUGCUGUCGAGGAGGCAAGGAAGGAGUACGAGACCGACUACAAACCUGAACUUGACCGUUUAGCAGCUGAACGAGCUGCCAAAUCAGACGCAGAUAAGAAAGCUCAAUUGGAGAGGUUGAUGAAAGAUAUGAACGUGUCCGAUUCUGGACCUUCACGUAGGAGAGCCGGUGGUGACAAUCCUUUUGGACCUCAUCCAGUGAACGAGAGAGAGGAUAGAUAUUAUGAUGAAGAGGGCGAGGAGGAAGUUGACGAGGAAGAGCAGGAUGCUAUCAGAAGGCAAGAGGAAGAAGAGGAAGAAGCUGCCGAUGCUCAAGAACUGGGUAGACUUGAUGUUGACGAGCCUGAGAUUGGAGGGAUGCCUCGCAGUGGACCUAAUGGAGGAAGAGGAGAGGCUUAG